GAACAGUAUCUGACAAAUUCAGAGGCUCUAAACCAGAAUAAAGAAAUAUCAUUCUUUGCCACAAAGUCUUUUUCUUUCUUUUCUUUUCUUUUCUUUCUUUAUAAUAGAAGCGGUUGUAAUUAUACCUGUUUCUGUGUUCUCUUCUUCGUUCUCUUUCCUUCACCUCUCUGUCUAACUCCAAACCCAACACCUCACUCUCUCCAUACUUCUGACCUGUUAUGUUAGUACCACUCUUCAAUCUUCCCAUUUGAACUUUGUUCAUACUUUUCAAAGGUUUAAAAAAGGAAGAAAGAAUUAAAAAAAGAAUGGGAACAAAUCUCAGCACUCCCAAAACUGAAAAGUCUUCCGAUGAUGGAGAAAAUGAUCAUCUUAGAUAUGGUUUAUCAUCAAUGCAAGGCUGGCGUGCAUCAAUGGAAGAUGCACAUGCUGCACAUCUUGAUCUGGACGAAUCCACUUCCUUUUUUGGAGUUUAUGAUGGUCAUGGAGGUAAGGUGGUUGCCAAGUUUUGUGCUAAGUAUCUUCACCAACAGGUGGUCAAGAGUGAAGCAUAUAUAGCUGGAGAUAUAGGAACCUCUCUUCGGGAAUCAUUUUUCAGGAUGGAUGAGAUGAUGCGUGGUCAAAGGGGCUGGAGGGAAUUGGCAAUUUUGGGUGAUAAGAUAAACAAGUUCAAUGGUAAGAUAGAAGGAUUGAUUUGGUCUCCACGAAGCAGAGAAUAUAAGGCUCAAGAGGAUAGUUGGGCCUUUGAGGAGGGUCCUCAUUCUAAUUUUGCUGGACCAACUUCAGGAAGCACUGCCUGUGUUGCAGUUAUUAGAAACAACCAACUUUUUGUAGCAAAUGCUGGUGAUUCACGUUGUGUAAUAUGUAGGAAGGGUCAGGCGUACGAUUUGUCUAUAGAUCAUAAACCUGAUCUUGAUACUGAGAAGGAAAGAAUCAUAAAAGCCGGUGGUUUUAUUCAUGCUGGAAGAGUUAAUGGGAGUUUAAGCCUUGCAAGAGCUAUAGGUGACAUGGAGUUUAAGCAGAAUAGAUUCCUUCCUGCUGAAAAACAAAUGGUGACAGCCAAUCCAGACAUAAAUACUAUUGAACUUUCUGAUGAAGAUGAAUUUAUAGUGCUAGCUUGUGAUGGCAUAUGGGAUUGCUUGUCAAGCCAGCAAUUGGUUGAUUUCGUACGCCAACAACUUCUCAUUGAAACAAAACUUUCUGCGGUUUGUGAAAGAGUGCUGGAUCGAUGUUUGGCACCAACAAUAGGUAUUGGUGAUGGAUGUGAUAACAUGACCAUGAUUUUAGUGCAGUUAAAAAAACUGAGGCAGUCCAGUGCACCAACAUAAGAACAAUGAUCUUCAAAUGUUUGAACUAAGAAUUGAGAGCACUGAAAUUCAAUAGGUUUUGUACUGUAUAUACAGUGUGGACUACUCCUUUCUGCUCAAUCUAGAGUUACAUCUUCACUUUAACUACCAUUCAUUUUCAAAUUUUUGUCUUUACUUUCUACUAGAGUUACAUAUAUAUAUUUGAACAUAUGAUAUGAUUUAGAUGAUGAUAUGCAAUAAGUGAAAAUUUAUGCCUUCGUUUAA